GAUACUUUUGUAUGGGCGGCCAUUUUAAAAUCGUCACAUGCGGUGUUGGAACAAUAUUGAUUGCAUCACUAGACAACUCCGAUGUAGCAAGCAGCCGGUGGAUGUACGGAACAACAUUGAUCGCAUCAAUAAACAACUUCCGCGCAUAUCUACAGUCGAAUACAGUACAGUAGCAAGCACACUGUUGUGAGAAAACGUAAGUUUGAGGGCGGUUACCCUAAUGAAUUUGAUUACGUAAAGUACACAGGAAGUUCCACACUCGUUUCGAGGCAACGUGCUGAGCAGCACGCAAUGCUCGGUCUGCUUUGUACUGUAUCAACAUGUGGAGCCACAGAUGACAAACAUCUCGUAUGUUUUUGGCAACUGAGGAGGUUUCCUUUGCCAUCUAUAGCAGUUCGACGUCAUACGACUGUUCCCGUAGCCAUAGAAAUUGUAUGUAAAGUGCGAAACCAACCACGACAAUGGAGUGUAAUACAACGCUACACAAUAGCAGCAAUUGUCAAUUCUCAUCACACGUCGUGAGCACCAGGGACGAAUUACCUUACGCAUGGAGAAACGUCAAGAUGUUGACGAUCGCUCGUUUCUAAACAGACUCGCCAGUGCCGUCGAGCACGCUCAGGAAACUCUCUUCUACAAGCUCGGGUACGCUGUUGGUUCUUUUCCCGUGUUGACUAUUCUGCUCUCGCUUUUUGUCGCUGGUGCUCUUAUGGUCGGUUUCAUUCGCUUCCAGCAAGAAAAUCGACCCGAAGAGUUGUGGAUUCCGACUAACGUUGACACAGUGGACAAUUUGAACUUGGUUUACUAUUACUUUCCUGAGGUGACCCGCGGCAGUUACUUGAUCAUUACUGCAGGGAACGAUGAUGAUGAUGAUGGUGAUGUGCUUACACCUGCUGUGAUGAGGAAGUUGUAUGAUAUACAUGAGGAAUUGCUCAACAUUUCGUCUGUGAAAGGUCAGUUUUAUAAAGAGCAUAACAUUACCUGGGAUGAUCUCUGCAUCAGGCGUGAUCCAAAUCAUUGUUGGAUUUCUAGCAUUUUGGCUUUGUGGCAGUUUGAUAAAGAGAUAAUUGACAAUCUAAAGAAGACGGAAAUAUUGAAGGUGUUGAACAACCCAAAUCUUACCGAUCCUUGGAAUGGUGGUCCCUUCAUUUUGAGUCAACAUGUCAGUGGUAUCACUUACAAACCAGGAACUAACAACAUGGAAAUUGAGGAGGCUAAAGCUUUGCAACUAGUCUACCGAAUAUUUGGUAAUGAUUCACUUGACGAGACUAUUGGUGACUGGGUAGAUGUCCGGGGCAAUGACUUUGAGAAGGAAGUGGACAAAAUUGGGCUGAUGAAACGUGAUGACAUUCGUACAUAUGUGAGCACAAUACAUGGCAUUGUUGAAGAAUCCAAGAAGGCAUUUACAAACGAUUUCACGAUGUUAGUUGGAGGCAUUGUUAUCAUUAUUAUCUAUCUCUGCAUUAGCCUGGGACAUAUGAAUCGUUUGAACCAUAAAAUUUGGCUAUCAAUUGGUGGUAUUGUUAGUAUUGGCCUUGGCGUUGGUGUCUCAUUUGCUGUGUGCAGUAUAUUUGGGCUAUCGUAUGGACCUGUACACAUGGUGAUACCAUAUCUACUUCUAGGUGUCGGCGUUGAUGAUAUGUUUAUAAUUUUGUCAUUGUGGGAUAAUUUACCCGAGAAGGUUCACAAGGAAAAGAGCGUUGCUGAACGAAUAGGACUGACCCUUAAAGAGGGGGGAGUGUCAGUGGCACUCACAUCAUUGACCAAUAUGGUAGCAUUUCUAGUUGGAGGCGCUACUGUUUUACCUGCUUUGAAGUCAUUCUCUGUCUUCGCUGCCAUGGGAGUUUUGUUUGCUCUGAUAUUUCAAGUCACUUUCUUUACAGCUCUUGUGGCAAUUGAUGCUAAGAGAAUUGAUGCAAGACGUGAUGCUUUUUUGUGUUGCUCGCUGUCUGAAAAUUACCAGAUAUCGAAGUGUUGUUGGACAUGGUGGCCAUUUCAAGCUGGUUGGUUCAAACGGUUCAUUGGAGAUGUAUAUGCUCCAACUCUAAUGAAACUACCAGUCAAGAUUGGGGUUAUUGUAGUCGCCAUGGUGCUGCUUGGUGUUAGCAUUUAUGGUGUGACUUCUUUAAAACUAGACUUUGACUACAACUGGUUUGUACCAUCAGGGUCUUAUAUUUUGGACUACGCUGAUAAGGAAGAAAUGUAUUUUCCAACGGUCGCAUCAACAGUUGGAGUGUAUACAGGGUACGUAGGAUUCUUUGAAGCACACAAACUGUUUGAUUUGGGAAUGGGCGUUACCAACAAUAAAUACAUUGACCCGUCUAGCAUCGAUUACUGGUACUUUGGAUACGAGCAGUGGCGCCUGGAAAAUAAUGUUCCAUGGCCAAGUAGCGAUGUGUUCUUUGUUGGAAAUGUCAGUUUGUAUGUCAACUCGUCUGAUGGUAUGCGGCAUCAAAAAGAUGUGUUGCUUGACUUGCAGAAAGGAUUUGUCAUGGCCACUCGAUUGCUGGCUAACUACAUUAAACUGGAUAAUACUGAUGAGAAGGUGGAUGCUAUGGUCAGCCUGCGUGAUACGGCUGCGUCAGUGCAUUUGUAUGACAGCGAUCCAUUUGCAUACGCGGAUAGCUUUCUCGACCACGACGGAGAUCUUGUGAUCCGCAAGGAGUUGCUUCGAAACAUCGGUCUGGCCAUGUUGGUCGUGUUCUUGCUCACUCUUGUACUCAUCUCAAACAUUUGGUCGUCUCUUCUUGUACUUGUAUCUGUUGUGUUGACACUGGUGAAUACUGCUGGCAUGAUGCACUUUUGGGGAGUCACUAUAGACGCAUUUUCUGGGAUGAUUUUGAUUAUGUCGAUCGGUUUGGCUGUCGACUACUCGGCUCACAUUGCGUACGGCUACCUAAUUCCUCAUGGAUCCGCAAAGACAAGUGAUGAACGUGCCAUACUAACUCUGCGCACAAUCGGAGCAGCAGUAUUUAAUGGAGGGACUUCUACAUUUUUGGCCUUCAUUCUGUUGGCAAAUUCGCAAUCUUACAUGUUUCUCGUUUUCUUCAAAGUGUUCUUCUUCAUCAUCGUGUUUGGUCUGUACAAUGCUUUGUGUCUUCUUCCCGUGGUUCUCAGCUUCAUUGGCUCCUCACCGUAUUCCUAUUCUGUUCUGGAUGGCCACAAAUAUUCUGAUGGAACAAUGGAUGAUGAGAAAGGUCGUGCAGGUGGUGAACCUGCCGACAAACCUAUACAAAUAAAUGGCGAUCAAAACGGGAGCAAUGGUAGUGAGAUGAAGGGACAUGGUGGGUUUAACAACAAAUUGGCUGCUUCUGUUAGUUAUCAUCCAAGUGAAGUAGGAGACGAAGUAAUUGUGUGAAUUCAGUUGUGGUCGUAGAUAGUGUAUACUAAUAUAGAUCGGUAUAUGUUGGUAGUCAGUGCAGUAGCAGUCCAGAUGUGAUUUGGAUACGUAGCUAGUAGACAGGGCAUAUGUCCAUACAGGAGGACAAUUUUGGGUAGAGAUUUUGUGAUGUAGUUGACUUUGGUGAGGCUUUAAUAACCCUGUUUUUGAAUUUAGUAUAUGUUUAUUAUCAUUACUUUGCGUGUAAUAGAGUGAACCAGUUGUAAGGAGUAUAUCUGGUGCUGUUAUCAUCUCAACGGUAGGGUUGUGAAACGUGGAUGUUAUAUAUAUAUGGCAGGCAUAUCAAAAGUGUAGACUGUUUUCACAUGAUGUGUUUAUGCAAGUUUACUGGUAUCAGAUGGCCAGAUUUGGUUCUUACUACUUAGUUAGAAUCUGCAACAAUAUUGGUAUUGAGCCAUUCCUUCUAUCCGUACGAUUUCGUUGGUCAGCGCACUUCAUUCAUAUGAAUGAUGACAGAAUAUAUCAUUGCCAAAUUCUCUGCCCAAAA